AUGGAGGCAGCGACGACACCUUCGUCGCCCAGGGCUAACUGGCGACUCUACUUGGCCGCGGCGUGGAUGUCCCUGGGAGCCAUAUUCUGGGGCUAUGACAUUGGCAUCAUUUCAACCAUAUACGUCGCCCCCGGUUUCAUCUCAUCACUGCACCAUCCGUCGUCGAGCGAGACAGGACUGAUUACGGCGAUUUACUAUGCGGGUUCUUGGACUGGCUACGCCUUCAUCGCGGGCCCUGUCAACGAGAAAUGCGGCCGUCGCUGGACCGGCUUCUGGGGUGUCUCAAUCCUCUGCGUAGGAGCAGCCCUCCAAGCCGGCGCCGUGCACCUUUCCAUGAUGAUUAUCGGACGCAUCAUUGCGGGCCUCGGCACCAGUCUGGUCGCCUGCGCUGUGCCGUUGUAUCUCAGCGAGAUCAGUCCCGCGAGGACGCGAGGAGCCUUUGUCGCGUGCAACCAGAUCGGCAUCGUCGCCGGAAUCAGCAUCGCGUUCUGGAUAGGGUACGGCUUCAGCCACUGGACUACGGGUAGAGGGGUCGAUCUUCAGUGGCGAUUGAGUGUCAUCAUGCAGUUUGUCCCUGCAGUGCUCUAUCUUGCUCUGAUACCCUUCUUUCCUGAGAGCCCUCGAUGGCUCAUGGAGCAAGAUCGAAUCGACGACGCUGCCAAAGCCCUCACCGCCCUCCGCGGGCACUCGUCGAACGUGGCGUUGAUCCAAUCCGAGCUCGAUGAAAUCCACGCCAAUAUCCUCUGGCACAAGACGCACUCUGUCAAAUCCGCGCGGGUGCUCUUCACCGACCGGCCGCUGUUCGCACGGCUCUGGCGCGCAUGGACGCUGAACUUCCUGCAGCAGAUGAGCGGCGCCUCGGGGAUCCGCUACUACUUACCGUCCAACUUCAGCGCGGCCGGGACGUCCAAGGAGCUGAGUCUGCUGGCGAGCGGCAUCGACGGGACGGUUCAGGUCGCAUGUACGAUUGUCGGACUGUUGCUGAUCGAUCGUAUCGGGAGGCGGUGGGCACUGUCAUCCAGUGCCGCAAUUAUGGCGUUCAGUUUGAUGAUCAACGGCGCAUUGCAGACGGCGUAUCCGAACCAAGUCAACAGUGCGGCCAACUACUGCAACAUCUUUUUCAUCUUCUUCUUCACUCUGGGCUACUCAAUCGGCUCAGGUCCUGUAACCUGGAUCUAUUCGUCCGAGAUCUUCCCCGCCAACGUCCGCGCCUCGGGCCUCGGAAUCGCCGCGUCGGGCCAAUCCAUCGGCGCCAUCAUCGUCGGCCAAGUCUGGCCCGUCGCGGUGCAAAACAUCGGUCCGCGCACGUACUUCAUCUUCAUGGCCUUCAACCUCGUGUGCCUGGCGCUGGUGGUGCUCGCGUGUCCCGAGACGGCCAAGAAGUCGCUCGAGGAGAUUGACUCGCAUUUCGGGCGGAUGAAUGUCUUGGACGAGCGGGAUUUGGGUGUGGGCGACAAGGAGAAGGACAGGGGAGGGUAUGCCGAGACGGUCGAGGUCGCGGUCACGGAGGCGGUGGAGGGGAAGAAGUGA